UUUUUGUUUUGGGUUACUCUGGUUCCCUUGAACCGCUCAUUAGCUUAAGUUGUAAAGCCGAUGCUAACCCAGGGCUAGCCGCGUAGCUUUGUCGGCUGCUCUCUGCGGCGUCUGCGUGUUGAUAACCUGAGCUGUGCCCGAACUGGGUUCAGUCACAGGUGUCGUUUUCCACAGAAAGAACCGUUCAUGAGUCACCUGGAUUAAAAAGGUAGCUACUUAAGGAGGAUCUGGCACUGCCGUAUUGUUUGGAGUGUCGAGGAGAAGGGAGUUUGCCAUCAUGUAUUUUCUAACCGGCUGGCCCCGGAGGCUGCUGUGUCCGCUGAGGAGCGCAGAGGAGCCCUUCCACAUCCAGCCCAGCUCCCAGAGGUUUUACUUCGCCCUGUUGUCAGAGACACAACUCAGCAUCUGGUUCAGUCGGCCCAGUGUUUUGAUAGUCAGCUACAUCGAGUCUGCGAAGGCGGCGGCCCAGUUUGGCUUCUACCAGAAAGCAGAAUGGAAACCAGACGACUCCAUAGUAGCUGUGGCAACUGCCAAAGGCUACAUCCUCCUGUUUGAUGUACUGGGUGGAAGGGAUGAAAAGUACCUCUAUGAGCCUGUCUAUCCAAAAGGCAGUCCUCGCGUGAAGGUGACCCCGGGUUAUAAGGAGGAGCAGUGUGCCCCCGCUCUCUCUUUGGAGAUGAAGAAGCCCGUAGAUCUGGAGGCGCCGAUCACCAGUCUGCAGUCUCUCCAGGAGGAUCUACUGGUUUGUACCGCAGACGGAUAUCUCCACAUACUGCACUGGGACGGGCUAGGCAGCAAUGGUCGCAUGGCCAUCUGCCUCACUACAAUCCCCUUUUCAUUAGACCUGCAGUCUGCUCGAGGGGGUCCCUCUCUGGACAUGGAGGGUGUUUAUAUUCGCUGUAUGGAGUACUGCGUGACUCUGGAUGGAUUUGCUGUAGUUCUCAGUGAUGGACGCUUGGGUUUUAUCACACCGCUGAGUAAUACCAUCACAGCAGAUCAGCUGCAGGGAGUCUGGGCUGCAGACGUGUCUGACGGCACCUGUGUGGCUGUCAACAACAAGUACAGACUGAUGGCGUUUGGCUGUGCCAGUGGAUCAGUGCUGGUGUACGUGAUAGACACCACAACAGGGUCCAUGCAGCUCUCCCACAGACUGGAGCUCACGCCAAAACACUACCCAGACAUUUACAACAAGACCGGUCCUGUGAAGCUAAUCUGCUGGUCACCUGACUACAGUGUCGUCAUGGUUACCUGGGAGUGUGGCGGCCUCUCACUCUGGAGUGUCUUUGGCGCUCAUCUCAUCUGCACCCUGGGAGAAGACUUUGCGUAUCAGUCCGAUGGUACGAAGAAAGAUCCACUUAAAAUCAGCUCCAUGAGCUGGGGAGCAGAGGGCUAUCAUCUAUGGGUGCUCCCUUACAGACAGGAGAGGAGGCGACAGGAGGAGCAGCAGGACGUGGAGAUGACCUCUCCUCCCCACCCCUCCCUGCAGGCCGGCAUACUGCAGUUCCACUUUAUUAAGAGCGCCCUCACAGUCAAUCCUUGCACGAGCAACCAGGAGCAGGUGUUACUCCACGGUGAGGACCGCCUCUACCUGACCUGCGGCGAUCCCACACAGAUCCACAGCACCUGUGACACACACCUGCACGCACACUUACACUCACGCGACGGCAGCCCGUUGCAUCACAACCCCGACUCCCCCCUCUCUCAGGGACUCAGCACUUUACUGGGACACAAGCACUGGCAAGUGGUCCAGAUUCACAGCACAUACCUUGAGAGCAACUGGCCCAUACGGUUUGCAGCCAUACACUCGGCAGGCCAGUGCAUGGCUGUGGCAGGCAGGAGGGGCUUUGCACACUACUCCUUAUUCACAAGGAAAUGGAAGCUGUUUGGAAACAUCACUCAGGAACAGAACAUGACGGUGACAGGAGGUCUCGCCUGGUGGAGUGACUUUGUAGUGGUGGCAUGCUACAAUUUUACGGACCAGCAGGAGCAGUUGAGGCUGUAUCAACGCUCAUCCAACCUGGAUAACGCCUUUGCCUCGGUCACCAAGCUGCACUCUGACACUCUGCUGCUCAACGUCUUCAGAGACAUGGUCAUCCUGUUCAGAGCCGACUGCUCCAUCUGCCUCUAUAGUAUAGAGAAGAGGAGUGAUGGUCCAAACCCAUCAGCUAGUGUAGAGUUGCUGCAGGAGGUGUCAAUGUCCCGCUACAUCCCUCACCCAGCUCUCGUGGUCUCCGUCACACUCACAUCUGUGCGCACAGAGACCGGCAUCACUUUGAAAGCUCCGCAGCAGGCCUGUACGGCAGAGAGCAUCAUGCUGAAUCUGGCUGGCCAGUUGAUCAUGCUGCAGAGGGACCGAUCAGGACCACAGGUACGAGAAAAGGAGACGCCUGCCACCAACAAGAAGCUGCUACCGUUCUGUCCUCCAGUUGUGCUGGCCCAGUGUGUGGAGAACGUUUGGACCACCUGUCGCUCAAACAAGAAGAAGCGCCAUCUGCUGGAAGCCCUCUGGUUGUCCUGUGGAGAGGCAGGAAUGAAAGUAUGGCUUCCUCUGUUCCCCCGAGACCAUCGAAAGCCUCACUCCUUCCUGUCCAGACGCAUAAUGCUGCCCUUCCACAUCAACAUCUACCCUUUGGCUGUGCUGUUUGAGGACGCCCUGGUACUGGGAGCAACCAAUGAGACGGUGCUCUACGACGGGCUGCAGGGAUCCUCCGAGCCUCUGGAGGCACUGUUCCCCUACUGUACUGUAGAGAGGACCUCUCAGAUCUACCUCCACCACAUCCUGAGGCAGCUGCUGGUUCGCAACCUGGGCGAACAGGCUUUAAUGCUGGCUCAGUCAUGUGCCUCCCUGCCCUACUUCCCCCAUGUCUUGGAGUUGAUGGUACAUGUGGUACUGGAAGAAGAAGCAACCUCACGGGAACCAAUACCGGACCCCCUGCUUCCCACAGUGGCCAAGUUCAUCACAGAGUUCCCGCUCUUUCUCCAGACUAUCGUUCACUGUGCCAGAAAAACGGAGUACGCUCUGUGGAACUACCUGUUUGCAGCUGUGGGAAACCCCAAAGAUUUGUUCGAGGAGUGUCUCAUGGCUCAAGAUCUGGACACGGCAGCCUCCUAUUUGAUCAUACUGCAGAACAUGGAGGUUCCAGCGGUGAGCCGGCAGCACGCCACUCUUCUCUUCAACACGGCGCUCGAGCAGGGCAAGUGGGACCUUUGUCGGCACAUGAUCAGAUUCCUCAAAGCCAUCGGCUCAGGGGAGAUGGAGUCACCGCCCUCCACACCGUCCACUCAGGAACCCAGCUCAACCGGAGGCUUCGAGUUCUUUAGAAACCGCAGCAUCAGCUUGUCUCAGUCAGCAGACUCCAUCGCGACAGGAAAGUUCAACCUGCAGAAGACCUUCAGCAUGCCCACUGGAGCGUCUGCCAAAGGUCGGGAUGUGGAGUGUGCAGAAAACAUGUACAUCGACAUGAUGCUCUGGCGCCACGCCCGCCACCUCCUGGAGCAGGUGCGCCUUCGUGACCUGGGGUGCUUCUCCGCUCAGCUGGGCUUCGAGCUCAUCGGUUGGCUGUGCCGCGAACGAAACCGCGUGGCUCGAGUAGACGAUUUUGUUUCAGCGCUGAAGAAACUCCACAAGGAUUUCUUCUGGCCUUUUCCCGUUAUACCUGUGGGAAGCCUCAACUCACCACUGAAGAACGGAGGCUGCCGCACAGUUUUGAGCACGCAGCUGCUGAAGUCUCAGUCUGCAGACAGUCUGCUGAACAGCGACAUGGACACAGCCCCUUCGACAGCCCCCACCAACCACACCUGGAUGGGUGGGCUCGGACAGAGGGCCAAAGACAUGGACACGGCCUCAUCUGUUCACUCCAGCCAGCACUCACCACAGACACAAGACGCCUUCCUGUCACUGCUCACUAACAAGGUUGAGGAAUACAGCAUCGGCUCGGCCACAGACCUGACAGAAACCAGCUCGGUGGUGGACGGCGAUUGGACCAUGGUGGACGAGAACUCCACCCUGAGCCUGAGUCAGGCUGAGCUGGAGCACAUCUCCAUGGAGCUGGCCAACAAAGGCCCGCACAAGUCUCAGGUGCAGCUCAGGUACCUCCUUCACGUGUUCAUGGAGGCGGGCUGUUUGGAGUGGUGCGUCGUGAUUGGUUUGAUCCUGCGGGACGCAAACGUCAUCAAACAGAUGAUCAGCUUCCUGGACAACCCCGAGGUUCCCUCAGAAACUGUGCAGAGCGUCCGACACGGCUUGCUGGCUGUUGACGCCUGGGCCUCCGCAGACUGCCUGGGCUACAAACCAUUUCUGAACCUGAUCCAGCCGCAGCUGCAGCAGCUGAUGGAGUCGACCGCCGAGCAGGUGCAGCCCGAAGCGUUCCAACCUGCCAGCCAGACCUCAAAGCUCAGCGCCUCCGAAGGACUGGGAGGGGCCGCCGUCCCUCGUGUCGAGGACAGCAGAGGCGUGGCCGCUCCUCUGGGUCUGGCCUUGCCCUCGGUCGAACCUGCGGGAGUUUUCCCCCGUCCCCCCUCUGAAGACUCUCCUGAACAAACCGAGGAGCAAGCAGAGGAGGAGGGAACCUACGACUGCACCUUGUCCUGAACACCAGGAGUCAACCUGGGAGCUUCAGACUGAGGGGAAAGACGUGGAGAAACGGCUGCGACUGACUGAAAACAGACUGUGUUUGUGUGUAGGCACAAACGGUACCACCCUGCAGGUUCUUACUUCAGUCAGUAUUAUCCAAACUUUGGAGAUUUGCCUUUGUUGACAACUAGAGCUCCUGUGCAUCCGGCUGGGUUUAAGUCUAACAUUUCGCCAAAAUGUGCUGUUAGGAUAAAAAAAGGGUCCGUUUUUACUCUUUUAGGUGUUUGCAAGCUGCAGAGCGGUAUGUUUUUCAAUAUUCCAAGACUGCACAGACAGAAAGUCUCUGGUUCUUUGGGUGAAUCAGG